GAAGGAGGGAGGUAAGCGUUCCUCUGCCGGACAUCAGCUGAUUGACUAAGUCAUCUCUUAAUUUUUUUUUGGGUCUGUGUCCCACCCCCUCACACACACACUCCCCACACCCCUUACCUCCACUGAUCUCCAUCGGACUCCUUCUCAGAGGAGCGUACAGGGUGUUGACAGGCAGGCAGGAACUGCACCAGGGAGACAAACAUGGAGUCCUGGAUAUAUGGAGUUCUGCACAGGUGUACGCACUUCAGGGAUAUAGUGCAUUGCGGUCUUUUUAUCGGCUUGCUUUUAGGGAUAUGGCAAGCCACAGCCCUGGAAAUGUCCGUGGGCAAAAUCCCCUUCAUCGAGGCCGUGAACGGCAGCACUGUGUUACUGCCCUGUACCUAUGCCAGCUGCAUUGGCAUUAAAAACCUCUACUUCAACUGGCAGUAUGAUGACAAUGGCACCAUGGAGAAGGUGUGCGAGGCGGUGAUCCCUAAUGAGAACAUGGAGCCACACGUGAACAUCUUCCGGGAAAGGGUGGAAUUCGUGGGCACUAGCAAAACCAGCAACGUCUCCAUCCUGCUGUGGAAUAUAACCUUUGACGAUGAAGGGCAGUAUACCUGCUAUGGCCGCAACCCCAAGGAGAAGGGAAGAAAUCACAGUGCAAUCUUCACCCUUAUCGUCGUGGACAAGUUGAGGGUGGUCGACAACACUCUGACCCUCAUUAUUGCGGCGGCAGUGGGAGGCUCUAUUGGCUUGUUAAUGGCUUUCAUGUUGUUGAAGAACUUCACUCUCUAUGUCCUCGCCAAGAUUGAAGAGAAGAACAAAGAGUGCCUCGUGAGUUCCUCAGGGAUUGAUAACACAGAAAAUGGCCUCUCAGGAUCAAAAGCUGGAUCCAAAACACCAAAGAAGGCAUGAAAUGUGUUACAUUUGUUUAUAUGACUGUGACAUGAACAUCUAUAUAUGCAAAUAUAUGUGGCAAAAUAGCAUAUAUUCACUUUUUUUAUGGGCUAUUUCCCCAAGUAUUAGAUUUAACAAAUCCGUACAACUAAUACAUGGCUUUAACUUCGCAAACAUUUAUUCAGGACUUUCUCAUAGGUCAUUGCAUAAGAGAGAGAACUUUUCAAUUUAAGUUUCUAAAGCAGAUAAAUGACAUUCAGGUUAUAUCCCCCCCCCCCCCGACACUUAAAUGCAUUUUAUGAAAAACAAUUCUAACAUAUGAAAUGCAUUGGAACGCUUUUAUGAUUUAAAUAUGUAGGAAAUUUGAUUUAUUAUUGUUAGAUUGGUAGAUUAUAAUAAUACAAAAGACUGUUUCCUAGGUCCUGUUUUGAAUUGAUUAAGUAUAACAGCCAUCAACUGAAAUAACAUGAAAUAGUUCAAAACUUUACGUGUAUCACUGCCCCCAUGACAAAGACAUAAAAAAGCUGGGCUUUCAUUUUUUUUGUCAUGGUGGUACAAUAUGCUGCUGUGCAACCUGAAGUUAUACUAACCUGAAGUUAUACUAACCUGAAGUUAUACUUAUACUGUAGUUAUACUCUUUUGUUCAAUGAUUAUUUAUUCCUUUAAAACUUAGAAUCGAAUACAUGUUUACAUACUAUUCCAUAGUAUUUUUUUAAGCAAAUAUUUCACAUAAAUAUUUACAUUAAGAUUUAACUGUUGGUUAUUAAAAUAUGCCAUAAAAUUAAUGCUAGGGAAAAUUAAAUAGAAAGUGUAAUAAUCUCUAAAGCAAUAAAGGAUAUUUAUGGCUAGAAAAUACACUUUAUAUAUUUUAGAAGGAUCUAACAUGUGAGUUUAUUGUCAUCAAAUCUAUUUUGAUGACGCUCGUCUGAACCUCAUAAGGCAUACAUAUCAUCAAUUAAUCAGUUAAUUAUUAUGUUAAAAAAACGUUUUUUAAUGUACAUUAACAUGCACUGGAAAAAGGAUAGCCAUAGAACAAAAUAUAGGAUGUCUAAGCAAACACAUACUGUCGCUAUUGUGCAUGUCAAAUUUACUAGAAUUAAGCUUUAAUAAUAAGCGAUUAACAACUUGAAGUUUGAAGUGCAUACCGGGAUUAAUUAUAUGCAUAUAAUCUUUUUCAAGACUAGAAAGUAAUUAAUUUUAAGCAAAAGAAAGAAAAGGAGGCAUGGCAAUAACAAGCUACUGCUGAAUCCUUCUCUAGCCAAGUAAGGUCAUCUUUGCUUGACAUUAAACACAGGUGCCUGUAAUCAUUUCUUUCCCACUGAUGCAAGGGAGGGUAAAAAACAAUGCAAAUGAAUAUGCUGCUACAACAUGCAAAAUAAAACUACUUUACUGAUGAAUUAAAAAAAAACAGCCAGUUCCUAUAUGAACUAUAUGAAAACUUGAUGCUGCUUUAAAUAUUUAACCAAUGCAUUUUAGCAUGCCAAGAAGGUAUUGGAUGCACAAUAUUUCAGUUUAAUAUUUCAUUGUAAAUGCUCAUUUUUGAAAAAUCUAACUUAACCGACUUAAUUUAAGUAUUUGCGUAGAGAGAAGGUGAAACAUCACCAAACAGGCCUAACCAGCCAAACAUGUUAAAAAUAAUAUACUUCACAAAAUGGAGUGCAAUGCAUAUGCUGUUACAGUUUUUUUCCUAAAAGUUUAAGCUGCUACAUUCACUCUGGUGCCCACCGACUCAACCUCAGCCAGGGGCAGACUGACAACAAAAACAGUUUGGGAAUUUGCUGCUGACCGGGGGGGUCCUCCAUGGUAUAUUUUGUUGAAGAGUAUUUUGUUAGUCGUGAUCAACUGGUUGGCUCUAUAAUAUAUGGUUAUAUAUAGGCUGUUUAGUACCAUGAUUGGGAAAGAUAGACCGACCCUCACAAAACCGGCCCACAGGGAAAAUUCCCGAACUUCCGAAUGGUCAGUCUGCAUUUCACCUCAGCCAUUUGUUUUCACACACUUUGAGUUAUCAGAUAAUGAGUAUUACUAAUCAACUCAGCCCUAUUGAAUUACUGAUAAUGUGUGUAGCUGAUUUUUAUGUUUUUACUGUAGAUAAGGUAGAAAAGGAAAUGACUUGAUUUUUUUGGUAAGUCUAUGAAUCAAGAAUGGGCUAUUAAUCGGUAUAUAUGUCAAAGCGUGGCAUGAGGGGAUGAUGUUCUCCUUUGCGGCUUAGACACAGGAACUUUAUUAAAGACUUAAGUAAAUGAACAUGAAACAAAAUAGGACCACAAGUGGUCUAAACAAAGGAAGAUAAACAACAUGGCAACUAACUACAGCAGAACUAAACGGCAAAAGAGCACACGGCCAUCCAACAAACUAAGAAAGGGGAGUUACAAGGAACUACAAGAAACACAGGUAAACACAAUCCAACACCUAUAAUGAAUGACAGAGGAACCAGCAUCGGGCAGGUACAUAUAUAUAUAUAUAUAUAUAUAUAUAUAUACUGGUAAUGAGGAUAGAUGAGGAACAGGUGUGGGUCAUUAACAACCAACCAAAAUACUAGGACCUAGAAACUACACAGGAGAGAAAAGGAACAUUAGACGUAACUACAUAACUGGACACAAGCAGGGUAAACCUGGAACAAAGACACUAAAAGUAAGGACUGAUUCUGAAUAAAUAAACACGACAACAAAUGCAACAAAUGGCAACAAAAUGUCCAACAUAAUUGGCCCAUGACAAAAGGGAACCACAAUUACUUAGCCGCUUGCACAGCCCAUUCAGCCACGCGGCGGCCCAGGGAGCAAGGAAAAACAAUAGGAACAAAGAACUUUGCUGAACCUAAGGAGACAGCAAGGAGAGAACUGGAUGGUCAGUGACACCUGCUGGCCAAAUGGGGAAACGACAGGCAGAAUUGGACAAGGCAGGGACCGAUCCUGACAUACAGCAUUUACACUCAUGGGGUACUUUAUUAAAACAACAAUUUAAUAUUGAGAAGAACCACCCUUUGCUGUCAGAAAGACCUGAUUUUUUGUGGCUUGGACUCAACCAGAUGUUGGAAACAUUCCUUAGAUAUUCUGGUCCAUGUUGAUAUCGCAAGAUUGCUACAUAUUUGUCUGCUGCACAUUUCUGCUGCGAAUCUCUCAUUCCACCACAACUCAAAGGCCCUCUAUUGGAUUCACAUUUGGUGACUGGAGAGGCCAUUGAAGUAUGUUGAUCUCAUUGUCAUGUGUAUAAACCUAGCUUCAAACAACUUUUGCUUUUUGACAUGGUGCAUUAUCAUGUUAGAAGUAACCAUUAUAAGAUGAGUAAACUGUGAUGCACAUGGUCAGCAAUAGUACUCAGGUAGGCUCUAGCAUUCAAGCAAUGAUCAAUUGGUAUCAAUGGCCCAAAGUGUGCUAAGAAAAUAUUCCCUACAUCACCACCAGCCUGGACUUUGACACAAGGCAGGGUAGGUCCAUAGAUUCAUAAUUACACCAAAUUCUAAAUUCUGUGACAUUUUUCCACUCUUCUAAUCAACUAUAUGAUUUUGCUGAGCUUAUGCCCACUAUAGUGUCAUUUUCCCAUUUUUAGCCGAUAGGAGUGGAACCUAAUGUGGCAGCCCAUCUACUUAGAUCAGGGGUCACCAACCUCUUUGAAACUGAGAGCUACUUCACGGGUACUGAGCCAUACGAAGGGCUACCAGUUUGAAACACCCUCCUAAACUUAUCUAAACUUCAUGUAUUAA